GCAACCUUGGGGGCAAUGGGAUACGAGCGCCUUCACGGAAGCAGCUCAGCUUGUCGGGAAGCCAUGGCUUGAGGCAUGAUGCUCCAGCUAUAGCUGUCGACCAGCAUUUCAACGGAGCAUUUAACUACUCUAUAUCUGUAGUUACUCAUAGCUCUUACCGUCCCGUCGGCUUAAAGUUCCACUAGCGCGGCAUGUUCACUACCGCGAUGUGCAGAACCACGCUAAGUCCUUCCUCCGAUGCCGUUGCAGGUGCCCACACUAUGGAUUGUGACUCUGUAGCCACUUCUUUGGGCGCGCGGCUGUGUUGUCAUUCCCCGUCGGCGCAUGCCCGACACGACAGCCCGUUUACAACUGGCAGCCAAACACCGCUUUGUCGCCCUGCAGCUGAUCCAGUUUCCAUACCAAAUCGUCCUGGUGUCGGCCUGUCUGGGCGGCAAUGUAUUCCGCAGGAGCCGCUCGACAGCGAAAUGUCAUGUUCCCCCUCCGCAACUAGCAGGCAGCGCAUGGUCCUCACGACGCCCCAGAUCCGCACAUCUGGCUGUGCUUCGUUGCACGACCUGCAAACCGCUGCUCUAUCUGGCGAAGGAGCUGCCCGUCGCGCCCGAAUACUAGAUGCACCCGAUGCUUCGUCUCAAAACAGCGAAUCCUGCCAAGCCCUGCCGAGCCAGCAUGACAUAGAAGUGGAGCAGCAGAACAGUCUGGAGGCUGUUAUGAGGCCCGUUGCAUCGCUUCCGCUUAUGUCAACGCAAGCCCCCGUAAGCCUGGCAGACCUUUGUACGGCGCUCUCUUCCCCCGUUUACCCCGAGACAUUGGCUGCCGUACACCAAGCCCGCGACACCGUCACUGGGACAGAGACGACUCUCUCCGAAACCACAGCCGCCAUCUCCGCUCUCAUGCUUUCCACAGAUCCAUCCAUCAAGCAUUUCAACAUGGAUGCGACAGCUACGGCCGUUAUUGGCGGGCUAAUUCGUUCCAUUAGCUCUAUACCCGCCACCUCCUACACCUCCACUGCGUCACCCGCCAUUCGCGCCCCGAUGGUCGCUCCCCGGCGCCUUGAAGCAGCAGCAGAGGCUCAUGACGCCACCACCGCCGCCGCCGUUACAGCCAUGAUCGAUAUGGACGGUAUGCCGUCAGAGUGCCCGGACUGCGCUUCGUACGACAUCCCAAUGCCGGCUUCGGCUCCCGUGUACGGCAGCAUCCAACGCGCCUGGCCUGCUGUUGGAUCCUGCACGACCGCUGCCGCUGCUACCUCUGCUGGUGCUCGGGUGCUGCCGGUGUCGCCUAGGCAUGCGCGACCGCAGACCUCCACUAAGCGAGGCCUGUACGAGGGUACGGUGCGAGGUGGCGUGCCGUACAACCUGUGGCAGUACUGCACGACGUUUUGAGGUCGGGGGGGGGGUCACUGUGAUAGGUGUGCUACUCCUGGUUCUGGGAUGCAGGAAUGGGGCUUGGGGCUGUUGGACUGCCGAGUGGGGUUCUCUUGCUGCUGUUACAGCAUACGCGGUGGUGGAGUACAAUAGUUGCGAUGCCUAGGUUGAAAGGUUGCUUUGCAAGUUGCUGUUGUUGUUUAUAAAUGGUAAUGGCUUCAGUGCGGUUUGGAAAGACUCGCAAUCUUUGCUAUUGCGAGGCCUGCGAUUGCGACGGCAUGCGUGCUCGGGCACAUGCGUGCGGUUUAGGCAUAAGCGCAGCCAUGCACAUGGCGUGGGGUGCUGUUUAAAGUGGCGGUUAACACGCUCUUUUGAUGAAGAAUUGCGCUGCGCUGGGCUUCUAAUGCUUCUGAUGUCAAGCCGCAACCCACGUAAGCAGUCGCGUAAAUGCUACUUGUGGUUUGCAGAGGUGCUGCAGAUGGGAUGACGACACGACGACACGUGACGCGUACGUCCCUACGCCGAGGAUGAUGGAUACACGUUUGGGGAGUCACGAUGUGUGGGGACGGUGGUGGUUCCUGGUAUGGAUGGCAAUUCGGUUGGUCGUCAGCAGGCGUUACACGGCCCUUAUUUGCUGGACGCCUGUACAAUGGGUCGCCUUUUCGUUGUGCGCGGAGCCGUGGGCAUACCAUACUGGCACAUGCACCGUAUGCUAGGUUCCUCUUUGCUCCAACGGGUGUUUUGCGGUCCCUACUAGCCUACCUAGCGCUUCUUAAACAUCGUGGCAUCUAGCGCUUCCCACAGUAACUAACGUUUUACUAUAUUUUCAACAAUAAGGGCCGUUUGGACCAUGAUUCGAUGGACCAAGGUUGUACAAUAUGGGAGAGGUUGUGCGGCGGGCCACGCAAGCACGGCGUGGUGUUUGUUGAUGGGUGACGAGGUUAAGGGAUGCCUGCCCCGGCCGGUCUUCAGCGGCUUACUGGGCGGUUUUGGCUUGUGGAUGAUGCGUGUAGGAAAAGGAGUGGGUGAGGGGUGGUGGGUGCUCAGGAAACCGAGCACCAUUCAUUUUGGUGCUUGGCACUGCUUCUGUGCUUUGCAAAGAGGCCGCUUUUGGAACGUCGUUACUGUUUGUCUGUUUUCGUGGUCAUUGCUUAGGUGCUGCUGCUGUUUGAUUUCAUGGUGAGUCGGUUUGCGUUUGGUCAAAGCAUGAAUGCUAGAGAUGAGUGGGUUUUUGUUAGAUUUGUUGCGCCUGUAGCGCACGUGGGAGGAGUGACACUUGCGCCUCCCCCAUGAUGUGGUGUGUGGAGGCUGCUGGUAUUGAGGUCCGAAGAAAAAACGUUUCGUGUCGUGGCGCGUUGGUUGUUAUGUUGUUGCUGGCGCUUUCGAGUGGAUUUGAAAUGGCUGCGCUUGCUAUACAUACGAGUACCGGUACCUUUUUGGGUGGGAGCCCAGGGAUUCCAAACAAUAAAGUCCCUUGCCUGCGCCCUCUUGAGUGGCUGCAGUCGUGCUGUCAUCGUGUCAUGGUUAGAUACGUUUCCUUGUCUUCAGUUCUUUGCAUCAUUGCGUGAAUGCUACGGUCCUGUGGACCAUGCAGCAUGCAUGUCAAGCCGUUUUGUGCCUUUCUGUAGCCAUGAAUAACCGUACGGUACACCGUACAUGGAGUUGACAUAGCGCCAUGCAUUGUCGAUUGGCCCUGGUGUUGUGCAUGCAUGGGAUUAUGUGUACACCGCAAGUGGAGAGGCUGUUUAUAAUGGUUUUGGUUGUUGCCGUACACUUAGGUUAAGUACGGUUCGUACUGCUGCCUCUGCUGGUCUGUUGGUCCUGCUCUUUAUCCAUCCAGGGAAGUUCAUAAGCCUAGACACGGACCUGACCGAGGUGUCUGCCGCGCCUGGCGGAACUGUUAUAGGGAUAGUAGAUGAUCUAAUAUGGCUUUACUUAAUGUUGGUGUUAAUAUAUAGUGGGGCGGUUUCUGUGAGCUGGUUGAGGGCUUCCUUGCGACAGGCGUCCCCAGGCUAUUACGUAACGUGCCGUGCUGCUUGGUUGCGGAUGCCGACAUGAUAGCAGAUACCGUCCGUACACUACCGGUACGGCUGCCUCGGUUGACUACUGUACGCACCAUUCUAGCCUCCACACGUGAAUAGCUUCAAUAGCUUGAAAUGCAUCAGGGGCCUAUUAAAGGUCCCAACCAAGGUUAAACUGGGCACUAAGAAGAGUGUAAUGGUUGUCGGCAAGGCCAGCCUCCCGCUGACGCGUCCCCGAUGUCUGCACGGGCCUCCCGCAUGCCUCGUGCAGCUGGCAGCCUCAUCAUGCAUGUGUAGUGGCUGCCCUUGGUUGCUUGCUAAUGUUGC